AUGGAGGGGAGCUCAGGAGAGCCCCUCGCAAGCGGCGACAGCAGCGCCGACCAAUAUCUCGUUCACAAGGUGUCCAAGCAUGACAACUUGGCGGGGAUCGCCAUACGGUACGGCGUGACGGUCCUUGACCUCAAGCAGGCCAACGGCCUGUUGUCGGACAACGCGAUGUUCGCGCGGGACACUCUUGUGGUGCCUUUGGAGAGAAGGGAAGUGAGGAUAACGGAUGCCUCCACAGUGGCAAGUUUUGUGAACCGUCUGGGGCGGCGGGUGGACCACACAGACUUUGUUAGUCGGCCAGGAACAACUGCACUGGGGCCCAUCGCCAGUGACCCAAGAUAUCUGGAAGAGUCUGUCACCACACCUACUAGCACUGCAGCCUCAAGUGAGAGCGACUUCCGUGACAUAUACUGGCGUGACCCUGCAGAAAUUGACAUGAAGCUGGUUGCAGAUAUUGCGAUGCCUUCCAAGAACAAGAAUGGAUACAAUCGACGGGACAGUAUGCGACAACGGCACAUGUCAUCACGCAGCAGUGAGAGGCCUGCCUCUUGCUCCCCGAGGAUGGAGAGCCAGGCUGAUAGGGAGACAGGAAGCUUGUGGACAGGCGAGAGACCCUGUUCGCCUAGCUGUUCAGAAAGCUCUCCAGGUCUUGCCAGCAGAAGAAGCACUACAUGCCACAGUUCCAAACGGUCACGCCCCCCCAACCUCCCCAAUGGCAAGAAGGUGUCACAGAUUUCGGACUACCUAAUCUGCAUGGCGCACUCCAUGGUCAGCAGCAGUGGCAGCGGCAGGAGCUCCUCUCUGACCCCGCGCGAAUCGGCGAAUGGCAGGUCCUCAGAGACAAUCCUCCAGCGGAUGAAGCGCGUGGCCAGCCAGAGCGCCCUGGGCAAAGAGUCGGUCUUGCACCUGACUUCCAUUGGGGACUCACUGGCUGCUUCCCUCGCAAGCCUGCAGAGCCGGAUCUCCAUGAACGGAAGGACAGCAUCUGAGAGUGGAUCGACUCACGGCAGGGCUGCCAUUCCGAAGAAUGGCCUGAAGUCCGAUUAG